AUCUCUUUGCUCUUGGUCAACGUGCUAGGUCUGAAAUGACUACUUGUAACAUCUCCAGGAUGCUGCUUCUUUCGUUGUUCAUCACCUCUAUUCUAGCCAUGACUGCCUCAGCUGGCAAUUUCUUUCAAGACUUCGACAUUACAUUUGGCGAUCAACGCGCUAAGAUACUCCAAGGAGGACAGUUUCUCACGCUCAACCUCGACAAAUAUUCCGGGUCUGGUUUCAAAUCCAAGAACGAGUACUUGUUUGGGAGGAUCGACAUGCAAAUCAAACUCGUGCCUGGUAACUCAGCUGGCACUGUGACUACAUACUAUUUAUCUUCUGAAGGUUCAACUCAUGAUGAAAUCGACUUCGAGUUUUUGGGAAACUCAUCUGGAAAUCCCUACACUCUCCACACCAAUGUGUUUAGUCAGGGCAAAGGGGACAGAGAACAACAGUUCCAUCUUUGGUUCGACCCUACUAAAGCCUUCCACACCUACUCAUUUGUCUGGAACUCACAACGCAUAAUAUUUUUGGUCGAUAACAUUCCAAUCAGGGUGUUCAACAACAUAGAAUCAUUUGGUGUUCCAUUCCCGAAAAAUCAACCAAUGAAGGUUUACUCGAGUCUGUGGAAUGCUGACGACUGGGCUACACAAGGAGGGCGUGUGAAAACUGACUGGACCCAAGGUCCUUUCACUGCUUCGUACCGAAACUUCAAGGCCGAUGCAUGUGUUGCUGGCUCCUCCUCCUCCUGUGGUGUCACCACCACUGCAUCCAGUGAUUCUACACAGCAGAGUGCAUGGCAGACUCAAACACUUGAUGCUACAGGGCGAAAUAGGCUUCGAUGGGUGCAACAAAAGUUCAUGGUCUACAACUACUGCUCUGACCUCAAAAGAUUUCCCCAAGGCCUUCCAGUCGAAUGCAAGCGAUCGAGGUUCUAGAAAUAUCAUGCCAGAAGACAGAAACUCACAUAUUAAUUUCUUGUGCUCUUCAUUUAUGAUCAAAAUUCUUUCAUUCUUUUUGCAAAUAUAGAGUUUGUAACAUCAUAUUAAUCAGUCAAACGAUUCUUUUAUUCUUUUAUUGUAAGGUUAUUCGAGAUGUAUAAUCAAACACUUGAUUCAUU